AUGGCUUGCUCUAUUCAAGAAACUCGAACCGACCGUUUGGUCAAAUGGGCAGUUGAUCUGAAGUAUGCAGACAUCCCUGAUGAAGUGGUUCAACGCACCAAAGAUUUCUUCUUAGAUACACUAGGUUGUGCUAUUGCCGGUCGAAGCCAUUCAGCAGUCAUUGCAAUGGUACGCUUCGCGGCUCAAAUGGGCCCGUCUAGUGGAAACAGCGAGCUGAUUGAUGGUUCCCAAAAUAUUACUACCAGCCCAGCAUUUGCUAGUCUGAUCAAUGCUGCUGCAUCACAUGUGGUUGAGCAAGAUGAUCUUCACAAUCGAAGUAUCAUGCACCCAGCGACUGUGAUAUUUCCUGCAGCUUUAGCUGUAUCUCAAGAUAUUGGAGCCAGCGGGAAGGACUUCAUUACCGCCUGUGUAGUUGGAUACGAAGUCGGUUGUCGUGUCGGCGAGUAUCUGGGGAAAAGCCAUUAUGAGAGAUUCCAUAGCACAGCUACCGGUGGAGUUAUUGGAGUUGCAGCAGCUGUGGCUCAUUUGCUCAAACUAGAUGUGAGCCAGACAUUAUCUGCAGUCGGAACGGCUGGAACACAAGCGGCUGGAUUGUGGCAAUUCUUGUUAGAUGCGACACACUCGAAACAAGUACACACUGCUAAGGCCUGUUUUGAUGGUAUAUUUGCCGCAUAUUCUGCUCGUGAUGGCCUUCUGGGCCCGCGAGAUAUCCUUGAAGGACCCCGUGCUAUGGGUAUUGCGUUGGUUCCGGGGGAAACAAACCCAGAAGCCAUUGACCAGAAUCUGGGCAGAGAAUUUGCUGUUCUUCGAUCAAGUUUCAAAUGGCACGCAUCUUGUCGGCACACACACCCUAGUGUGGAUGCACUGUUGACUUUGAUGGCCAAGAAUCGAGUUGUCUUCGAAGACAUUGAAUCUGUGCUCGUGCCUACAUACCAGGCGGCUAUCAACGUACUAAGUCUCAGUGGUAAUGGUGAGACGGUCCACCAGAGCAAAUUCUCAAUGGGCUUUGUACUUGCUAUUGCAGCAAAAAAGGGUCAGGCUAUGAUCACCGACUUCACUGAGGAUGAUUUGAAAGACUUGUCUCUGCGAGAAUUUCAAAACCGCGUGACCAUGAAAUAUGACGUGGACAUUGAUUCUCAGUUCCCAGAGAAAUGGCAGGGGACAGUUAUCGUCAAGUGCAAAUCUGGAAAUACUUUCACAGAAUCAACAAAGUUCGCAAAGGGAGAUCCUGAAAUUCCACUGACCCGGGCUGAAAUCGAGACAAAAACCCAUGCCCUUGCUAGAUAUGGAGGAGUUGAAGAUUCCGACAAGGUUGAAUCCUUGAUCAACCGAGCUUGGAACUUGGAGAACGAGACAAAUGUUCAAGGCUUUACAUUCUAG